AUGACAGUACCGAUCCCGGGAGCAAUUGUACAAAGGGAACUGUGGGGCGGCGCUGUAACUUGUGCGGUGCCGGCCAGGAUGCUGGACGUUAGCGAUAUCCGCCCUGUGCCAGAUCACCAAGAGGUCUUUCUGGAUUCGGAUGCUGACCAGGCGCUGAUUUUUGAAAUCGUGGAGCACGACGGGGCCGUUGCAGACACGGAUUGCGGGCGGCAUGCCUUUGAGGAUGCGGCAGAAGGCAACGAGGCCACCUCUCAUACGCUGGAAGCUGUUACCAGCCUAGAGGCAGCGGCGGUUCCCAACGUGCCAGCGACCGCCUACAAGUGCCUCGUGCAAGGUCGUCAGAUGGUUCGGCGCGGCCGCGAGGCUAAGGACACGGAGGUCAUGUUGGCGGUGCUGCGGUUCCCCCAGGUGCAGUCAGAUCUGCUCAUCAGUCUCAGUACGCCGGCAGCCGCGGCCGAGUCGCGUUCGGAGGCCACGGCGAUAAUUGCACAGGUUCUGGCCACGCUUGAAAUCCUGGACUGGAGGCUCUUUGGGGCCGGAAGCCAAUGA